GGGGGGAUGGGGGGGGAGGGCGGUGAAGGCGGAAGUGGCGGCGCCGGUCCGGGAGUAGGAAGGAGCCGGGGUUGCAGGCCGAGUGGAACGGCUGCAAGCCGAGGAGCAGGCGCGGCCGCGGCGCCAUAUUGCGGCCCUCAGCGGCCACCACCGAGUCAUGGCCGAGACCUACGACUUCCUCUUCAAAUUCCUGGUGAUUGGCAGUGCGGGAACUGGCAAAUCAUGUCUCCUUCAUCAGUUCAUUGAGAAUAAGUUCAAGCAGGACUCCAACCACACUAUUGGAGUGGAGUUUGGAUCCCGAGUGGUCAGCGUUGGGGGGAAGACUGUGAAGCUACAGAUUUGGGACACUGCUGGCCAGGAGCGGUUUCGGUCGGUGACGCGGAGUUAUUACCGAGGGGCAGCUGGAGCCCUGUUGGUGUACGACAUCACCAGCCGGGAAACAUACAACUCACUGACUGCAUGGCUGACUGAUGCCCGAACGCUGGCCAGCCCCAAUAUCGUGGUCAUCCUCUGUGGUAACAAGAAGGACCUGGACCCUGAGCGAGAAGUCACUUUCCUAGAGGCCUCUCGCUUUGCCCAAGAGAACGAGCUGAUGUUCUUGGAGACCAGCGCUCUCACGGGGGAGAACGUGGAAGAAGCUUUCCUGAAGUGUGCGCGCACCAUCCUCAAUAAGAUUGACUCAGGUGAACUAGACCCUGAGAGGAUGGGCUCAGGCAUUCAGUAUGGUGAUGCAUCUCUUCGUCAGCUGCGGCAGCCUCGCAGCGCCCAGGCCGUGGCCCCUCAACCCUGUGGCUGCUGAGACCUGCAGAGCCAGAUGCACACAGGUGUCUGAGGCAGACAAACAGGGAGAUACUCAGAGAAAGAACCCCACCCACAAAUGACCUGCGGAGGAGGAACAAAGGCAAACGCUGCACAGACUGGGAGAAAGUAGAGUACCAUUAGGCACAAAGCAGGCCAGGAAGAAACCCAGAAAUGAGACAUAUGCGAACUAGCUAGAUCCAGGACCUCUCCAGGUCACCACACCCUUUUCUUUCAGCUCACCUGUUCUCCUGGACCAGCCCUGCCCUUCCGGCUGGGGCCCAGACCCAGGCCCCAGGAGGCCAGGCCCCAACCUGCCCCAACCCCAGAGAAGCUGCCCCUCCACCCCUCCUCCUUCCCUGGCCUGGUGGGGCCUGGCUUUGGGGCAAGACUGAGCCGUGGGGGAAGGGGGAACCCAUACCUGCUGCUGCUUCCUCUGUCUUGGCUAACCUCCAUCCCCCCAAACCCCUAACCGUACCCCAAGAACUCCCAAAGCCUGAGUGAGACCAGGGCCAUUUGGCCCCAACUUCCUGCCUGGCCCUGCUGUUGUGAUACGUGUUAUUUAUUACUUGGAGGCCUGUUCUGUCCUGCCUAGUCCCCCCCACCCACCCUCAUAAAGCAUUGUUUA